AUAUAAUAGCCAUUUUUCUUUGGUUCCAUUCCUGCAUUUUCUAGCUUCUUCUUCUCUUCUCUCUCUGAGUUUUUCAUCUAUGGCUACUUUUCCUUCUCCCCCUUCACCUUCUUCUUCUUCCUCAAUUCCUUCUCCAAGAUCUAGCAUGUUUUACUAUGCUAGAAGUGAAAACCACUAUGAGGAACCUCACUUCCUUCAAGCUUGUUUUCUUUGCAGAAAACCACUAGGCCAAAACCGUGACAUCUUCAUGUACAGAGGGAACACACCAUUUUGCAGCAGAUGCAGGCAGGAGCAAAUAGAGAUUGAUGACGCAAAGGAGAAAACUUGGAAGCUUUCUUCCAAAAGGGGUGUGAGACAAUCAGAGAACAGUCAAAAUAAUUCCACAACAAAUAAGGCUGUGAGAACAGGCACAGUGGCAGUGGCAUAAUCAAGGAACAAUCCAGGACAUGAUGAUGAUGAUGAUCAUGAUUGUGAUUGAUGAAGAUGAGUGGGGAAAAGGGUCUAAUUUUUUUGAAGUGAAAAAGAUGGAAUGGAGAAUUCCAAAGGAAGAUGAUGAAGUGCAAUCAAUAAUCCAUGAAGAUUCUGAUGAAACCGGGAUGAAUCUUCUCUGUCUUUGUAAAGAAAAAAGUUAGGGUUUUUUUUUUUUUUUUUCAUUUGGGAGAAAAGAAAUACCCAAACAAGAAUUUUUGGCUACUUUUGUUUCUUUUUGGUAAUAUUUGAUUUGACCCUUUUAUUUUUA